AUGUUGCAGAAGACAUGAUUGCUUUAAACCAACUGUCUGUGGUGGUUCUGGACUGAUGAACAACACACUAUUGAUCUGAUUGUCCUUGAUCCUUAAUGAAGAAUUGCAAGGAAGUUGAAUUGAUUCCUCCGACUGCAUCAUACUCUCAGCAUUUAUAGAGCUCUGAAUUCACCACAAUGGUUAACCCUAGCAGAACAAUAUAAGGGAGAGAGAGACCGCUUCUGAAACAUUUCAAGCAUUGGGAUAUGUUUCUGCUGCUUUCCAUUGGAAGUUCUUACAUAAACAGCUGUAAUAUUACUGUAGUGUGUGAUAUUAUUGAUUGGGUAUUGUAUAGGCUUGACCUUAAGAGUGGACGCUGGAACUGCGAUGAAUAAAGCAUCAGGUGGGAUCCAUAAUCCGCCCCUGUCGAUACAUGUUACAUCAGAAUACAAUGAAAAUAUACAAGUAUUUUAUCUUCUGAACAUCCAGUACACUGCAGGGAGAAUAUGAAUGAGAGAGAGGUGUGAGACACAUCAUAAAAAUGUUAUAUAGAUGCCUAGUAAUUGAUCAAGUCUAGCAGUAUAGGACAGAAUGGUAUAACAAGGGAGCAGGUUAAAGAUGAUAACGAUCUUUGAAGUCAGUAUAGGCACUCUUGGAAAUAGAAUCUGCAGGCGCUGAAUUUAGUUGUUCCUCACCAGGUGGAGCUAUAAAACUUCCCGACCCAAGUGUGAUAUUUUGACAAGUUUAUUCCCAGAAGUGAAUUCGCUGAUGGAUACAUAAGAAUGAAUGAUAUAGUGGUGCAUGAAGUGGAUGAAGGACAGCCAUGUUUGGCCUGUGGAGAGAGGUGUCAAGGUUUUACUCAGCACAAGUGGAGGAAUACAUGCAAUGUAUGCAAAUGUCCCAGGGAUCUACACGACAUCUACAACGAAAACUUUAUCAACAUUCGCGACAGAUUGGGAUGGAAGAGAGAUGAUGACCCCACCGCUCAGGUCACAAAGGACCGCACCCUCAGGGAGGGGUAUACCUGGAUCCCCCCAGGCUUGACCUCUGAACAGAUUGAGGAAUAUAUGGAACAGCUCCCCAACCACAAGAUCCCGCUUCUGGGUCACCCCGGGGAGAGGUACCGCGACGUCCAGAUCAUCAGGCAGCUCCCCAAACAAGACCUCUCCAUGGAGUACUGUAGAAUGCUAACCUCCAGUGUAGAGAAGAAAGAGUACAACAUCUUCAGGGAGCUCAGGGACAACAUCGCCAUGGAUAUAGGAAUGGUCCAGGAGGCUGGCAGUCUGUCGACCUGUGACCAGUGUAAGGGAGAGAUUGAGCGCACAGAUCUGGCGGUCUACGCCCCUAAACUGGGGGCAGACCUGUGUUGGCACCCCGCCUGUUUCGUGUGCUCGAGGUGUGAGGAACUCUUAGUAGACCUGCUUUAUUGUUGUCACACAAAGAAGUUAUUUUGUGAAAGACAUUAUGCUGAACAGAUUCGGCCCCGCUGCCCCGCCUGUGAUGAGCUGAUAUUUUCUGGAGAGUACACCAAAGCUAUGGAAGAGAACUACCACAAAGAUCACCUAGCCUGCCACAACUGUGACAAGAAGCUGGUGGCCUGCCGUUACAUCGUCAAGGACGAGAACCCUCACUGCAUCCCCUGCUAUCAGGAGUUAUAUGCCCAUAAUUGUGAGGAGUGCAAGAAACCGAUAGGUCCCGACUACAAGGAUCUCUCCUAUAAGGAUCGCCAUUGGCAUGAGUUUUGCUUUAAGUGCUUCGAGUGCCAGAAAUCUCUUGUGGAUCAACCGUUCGCUCCCAAAAAUGACAACAUCUACUGCUCGGAUUGUCACGAUACAAACUUUGCCGCUCGCUGUGAUGGCUGCGGGGAGCCAUUCAAAGGAGGAGAUGAAGAAAAAGGCAUCGAAGGGAUGAAGAAGUUUGAAUACAAGGGGAAACAGUGGCACGAAGAGUGUUUUGUUUGUAUGGUGUGUAAGCAGCCAAUCAGAAACAAGAGCUUCAUACCACGUGACAACGAUGCUGUCUGCGUCCCAUGUUACGAGGAACAGUUUGCUCAAAAGUGCAACAAAUGUAAUGGGGUGAUUAAUAAGGGGGGUGUGGCUUACAAGAACCAGCCCUGGCACAGAGAAUGCUUUACAUGCACCAAGUGUAGUAAGGAACUAGCCAAGGAAAAGUUCACGUCCAAGGAUGACCAGCCGUACUGUGCGGAGUGUUACGGGGAGCUGUUUGCCAAGAAAUGCUGCCGAUGUUCCAAAGCUAUUACAGGUUUUGGAGGAACAAAGUUCAUUUCCUUUGAGGACAGGCACUGGCAUAGCGACUGUUUUGUGUGUUACAAAUGUGACACCUCCAUGGUGGGGAAGGGUUUCCUUAUGAAUGAAGGCGAAAUCUUGUGUCCUGAGUGCGGCCGCAAUUAAAGAGAAGGAGAGGAAUAGUUAUAUUUUAAUUGCUUUUAAUGGCAGAGAUUUUAUUUUAGAUCUUACAUUCUUUAUUUAUGUAUGUAGAUUUUCUUUCCAGAGGUUGAAGUAUGUUCAAGUUUCAAAUGCUUUAUUUUUGUUUUUUAAUUGAAUUUAGAUAAUAUAUAUGUCUUUGUUUUAAUUGAUGUUUCUGAAUUACUCAUAAUGAUCUUCAAUGGUGAUAAUAGCGGUAUGCUGUGAUCAUGAGUUAUAAGCACGCUAGAUGAUUAUGGAUACGCAUUUAAGGAUAGAUAACUCUUGCCAUAUAAUAUUGUGUUAUUGACAUAUAUGCAGUUUUCUCCCUUGCUCUAAAUUUGCAAGGAGUGCAUGCAAAUUAAAGACUGUGUUAAAGCCUAAAAGGAAUCCCUGUUUCUUUUAAAUCUAUUACCUGUUUUGUUGGGUAUUUUUAAUGAACACGAUUUGUAUUCCUUUCUUUUUGAAAAUAAUUCAAAGGAACAAAAUUGUGUUUUAAUUAUUUCAUUGCAGGACAAUAUGUCUUCGAUUUUAUUUGAGGUUACAAUGUUAUAGCUUUUAUGAACAAAAUGCUUAUAAUGAAGAAAAAAAUUUCAGAUGUAAAUGUAUGACUACAAACCCCAGAUAUUUUACAUUAGCAGCAUGUAAAAAUUGUCUUUUGUUUCUGUUUUGUGAUGUUGACUGCAAAAUGAAUGUAUGUUGGAAAAUGGUCAUAGUUUUGUGGAGCUGUUCAAUUCUUCUCAAAAUUAAACUGUUGUAUACUGCAAUCAAGUCUAUUUUUAACUCAACAAUGUCCAGCACUGCCACAAUAAAGGGAAAUCAAUCAGCAAUGAUCGAUUUCGUCCAUUCAGGUUAUCUUAAUCAUAUAUGUAUCUUUCACAAUUUCAAUUAUGCAAUGCCAGAUUUUUUUCUUUGUUUAAUACCUUACAUGUGUAAAACAUGCAUUGCAAAUUUGUUUGUUUCAAAAUGAUAUUAUUUUAGUGUUUAGGAACUUGUUACAGGAGUGGUUUGGAACUUUAGAAUGGUCUAAUUCACAAUUGUGUGAUUAUUUUAAAAACAUGGAUUGUUUGAUUGUGAUUUCGUAUUACGCUGUCAUUAUUUAGUGUUGAUAGGAACUAAAUGAGAAAUAUUUGAAAUCAUCUAUAAUGGUUAUUGUCCAUUUUUCAGCUGAAGAAGCAACUAAAUGAAUGUUUAAAAAGUUUAGAGAUCACAAACUUAGAUAUCUGUCUCUCUAUCUACAAGUAACAACUCUUCACAUUCACAGCUUUCUCCAAAAAAAAGUUAUUUGCUCCCUGCCUGUUAUCAAAGUUAAAUUCAGUGAAAAUGUUGUCAUUAGUUACAUAAGUGCAAAAAAAUGACCUGAAAAUGGCAGAAGUCAAACUGCUUAUUUAUUUUUAUAACUUGUUUAUUUGACAAUCUGUUGGUCGGGUCUCCUGACUGUUUUGUAAUAUCAAUAUUUGCUUUGGCUGGUUUCCCUUGGAAACUUUGCUUCAUCACCAAAUUAUUGUGUGCUUCCAAUGUUCUGUUGCCUUGUUUUUGCCAUGGACAUAUAUAUACUUUUACAGGAAGCAGAGCGUAAUAUCAGUUUAAUGUACUUCAUGCGAGGUGAAUGUUAAAAAAAUUCUAUAUAUAAUAAAGCUUUUAUGAAAAUUCA